AUGCUCAUGUCCGAGAAUCCAGAUGCUGAAAAAAGCCAUGCAAUCCUCAAGCAGAUUGAGUACUACCUCUCCGACAAGAAUUUGGUUCAUGACAAGUUCUUCUGCAACUUGCUGGCCGAGAAUGACGGCUGGGUUGCCAUCGCGCCUUACUUACUCUCCUGCAACAAGAUCAAGGCUCUAGAUACCAGUGCUCAGGAGAUUGAAGAUGCACUUCAGCACUCCAGUGCCUUGGAAGUGGACCGUGUUUCGGGUCGGAUUCGUCGCAAGACUCCCUUUCAGCUGCAUACCGGUCAAGACAAAGGCACAGGAAAGGGAAAGGCCGACAAAGGCAAAGGGAAAGGUAGCGGACAUUCGGAAUCGCGUGCAGCACCUGUCUAUGAUCGCACCGGACCAUGCGGUUACUUCAUUGCGGGCUAUUGCCAUCGUGGAAAUACGUGCAGCGUACAGCAUUCGAUACCAUAUGCAGAGGCGAUCAGGAAUGAGUGGCUGCAUCCGGAUGACUCCGCCAUGAAGGAAGCCCUGCGAACUGCAGCUUCAGAGCUGCUCGGAGCCAGAGAGGUUAGUGCUGCUGCCUUGUUCCCCCGAGUCUUUUCCCAGAAGCUGCGCUGCAAGCCUGCCCAGACCGAGACCGAGACAGACCUCUCUGACUUGGGAUUCCAGUGGGGUCCGGAUCCUGGGACAGUUGAGACCCAUGCGCAAAAACCUGGGCGAUGGGCAAGAAAGAAGGGACCUGUCUCCCAGGAAGCGCCGCCUGCACCUCCCUUGUCCGCUUCGGGGGCAUCUCCUUCUCCUCAGGGCAUUCGAUACUUCCUUGUCUUUGACUUGGAGGGCAAGCACGAAAUAAUAGAAUUUCCUGUCUUGCUGAUCGACGCCGUCGCUGGAAGUGAAAUCGGAAGAUUUCAACGGUUUGUACGCCCAACAAAACUGUUCGAAGGUUGUCCUGUCACAGACACACCUGCAAUUCCCUUCCCGGAUGUUCUGGCAGAGUUCAACACGUGGCUAUCAGAGAAGAUCGGCCGACGGCUUCAAGACUUGGCGGGACGAGGAAUGGAAGAUGUUGCUUUCGUGACGUGUGGUGAUUGGGACUGCAAACACAUCAAGACCCAGUGCGGCAUUUGCGGAGUGCCGUUUCCCAGAGCCUUUGCGCAGUGGAUAAACAUAAAGCGGACAUACUCGGAAGCCUAUGGUGGAGAGUUCAGAGGCAUGAAGAGUAUGCUUGCAAGACUCCGUCUGCUUGACAGAGAUGGCAAUCCGAGACAUGGCUUUCAUCAUCUUGGCAUGCAUGAUGUAGAGAACAUCGCACGGUGUUUGAUUCACUUGCUUGACAGCGAUGUCGUACUGGAGAUCAACGGCUGGCUUCCAGGCUGA